CUUCCUGGUUAGAUUACACGUAGCGUCAUCGCUGUGUUAUAGAACUCCAGAGUAGGAAAAUAGCUACAAACGACGACUUUUACUGACUUAUUGUUUGUGUCUACGGUUGUUUGUCACUCGUGUUUAUAGACUUGUUCAUUAACUUUGAUCAUAAUGAAGCCACAGAGGCACGUAUCGCUGUGUUUGGCCUCAUAUGUAGGCUAAGCUAAGAUAUCAAGCUAAUAUUGUCAAGACUAGUUAGCAAGUACUUGUGUUGUUUACAUGUUUUUUCAAGAUGUAUACUUUAUUAUCUGGAUUAUAUAAGUACAUGUUCCAAAAGGACGAAUACUGUAUUUUGAUCCUGGGUCUGGACAACGCUGGAAAAACGACCUUUCUUGAACAAACCAAAACAAAGUUCAGUAAGAACUAUAAGGGAAUGAAUUUAUCGAAGAUCACAACCACAGUGGGCUUGAACAUUGGCACAAUCGAUGUAGGCAAGGCUCGUCUAAUGUUCUGGGAUCUUGGAGGUCAGGAGGAGCUCCAGUCUCUGUGGGACAAAUACUAUGCUGAGUCCCAUGGAGUCAUCUAUGUGAUAGACUCAACUGAUGAAGAGCGCCUGUCAGAAUCAAAGGAGGCCUUUGAGAAAAUGAUCAGCAGUGAGGUGUUAGAAGGUGUCCCACUCCUUGUGCUGGCCAACAAGCAGGAUGUACCGGAUUGUUUGACAGUGCCGGACAUUAAAACAGCCUUCAGUGACUCUGCCCCAAAGAUCGGCAAGAGAGAUUGUUUAGUCCAGCCUUGUACUGCUCUAACAGGGGAUGGAGUGAACGAAGGCAUUGAGUGGAUGGUAAAGUGUGUGGUCAGAAACAUUCACCGGCCACCCAGACAGAAGGACAUCACGUAAGAAGUCACCAGAACUCCCUACACUGAUUUUGGACUGUGAGUUUCUCCUUGAGGACAUUCCAUGUAAACCCUGGAGUUGGUAACUCUCCUCUCUCCUCGUGUUUGCUGUCACUUUCAACGGUUUGGAUUUCUGCUUUUAGGAGUUCAUUUCAGACAGAGUGUGACACUAUUUUUAUCACCAAGCAUAAUUUCAGAUAUGCUUUGAAUGGACAGCAUGUCUGUUUCACUUAUUAGACUUUUGGAAGCGAUGUUACGAUUUCUUCUCCUUCAUGUGUGUGGAGCAGUCCUGGUGUGUGGUGCUGGCUGGCAUUGCUGUGACUGUGUCUGCAUGGAGCUUCACUGACUGCCACCCUGCACUGUGAUCACAGGGGCAUAGAGGCAUCACUUUGAUACAGCAGUUCUCACAGGGAAUGUACUAAACUCUAACAGGGUGGUUCUCUGUUUGUUCACAGUAUCAGAGAAAGGAAACAAAACAAUGUUUAGCUCACAUUUUUAAAGUCCUCCUGAAAUGUGAAUUCUUUCUUUUUGUGUAUUGAAAUAUCAGUCAACAGUAAUACUACAACUAUGGUGCAGUGUACAUCUUUUCAAGAGGACAGAACCUAUUUAAAAAGUAUUUGUGGAAACAGCAUCUACACUUCACGCCGAUGGGGGGGCGGAUUCCUUGACAGUGGUUGAAUGACAGCAGAGAGCGGGUGUUGCUAGGAGACAGCUUCCAUGGUGCUCCACUUCAUACUUUCUACAAGAAUUAAAGGUAGAGUCAGUCAUUCUAAUCCAAUACAGUUUUUUAUCAAAUUUAGUGAAUAUCUCCUCACAGUCGAUUAGCUGUCUGCUCUUUGUGUGCGCUGAAAAAAAUCCAGUGUUCAUACACGGCCCUGGCUCUGUAAAUGGGAAACAAACAAAGUGGCUUGGACUAAGCUACACAACACUAUGCCAGCUAUUAUCCCUUUUUCAAGUAACAUAAAUAACAAAAGACAUAUCACUGGAGCACUGACAGGAGGGGUUUGUUCUGCUGUUGAGUUUAAAUAUCUGUGAUCUUCUUCCAGAAGCACAGACUCCACCUUUAAUACAAUGCAUUUUUUCCCCUUUUUCAACAAGUCCAAAUAGUGAUAGCUCGUUUGUCUGUCCCUUUACAUCAUGCAACGUUUGGGAGGACCAAGCAGCAGCCUCAGGGGCGAUAAAUGAAGCCAAAUGCGGAAGUGCCAAAAACUGCAGUUCCUCUAGUGGCCACUUGAGGCUGGCUCCAAAACAAAGUUAAUCCCCAUAGACCCCCAUGUUAUUAAAAAGCCCAACAUUAUAGCAGACAUAAACAUGUUUACAGUCUGGUACAAAAAAUUGUUUUAGUCUCCGUAGUUAAAAUUUUAAAAGGAUACACAAAAUGUUGAGUUUGAAAUGACUGUGUGAUGCAUCAAAUUAACAGGACAAAUGGGAACGGAUUAAAAAUGAUAAAAAUAGAAAAAUACAGAGGGAGAAAUAAAGGCCUGUGUGUAAUGUAGUCUGGUUCAAAUGAAGCUGGUACCCUCUGCAGUUGGGGUAAGUAAAAUCCCCGCCACUAUUUGUGAAUUUUAUUCCUUGAUAUCCUUCUCCAUUAUGAAAAAGUAACAUUCUUUGCUAGCCUGAUCCAAAUGGGAGUUCUCAACAAGUUGCUAAAGUGCCGCUGUUUCAUGCCAUUAUUUGUCCCUUUUUACUCUGUCAUGAUAACAACCAAGAGGAAAUAUUAAAACGUCUGGGGUGUAGUUGUUGCCACACAUUUCGCCCCGGCAGCAGACUGCUCUGUGUUCCUAUUGGUUAAAGUGACGGCUGUGACAAGAAAAGUUGUGGAAGACAAAAAGAAAAUCAAACAUGCUAGACUUUCUGUCAGGACAUCGUGAGGUGUGUGUGAGUGACACCAGUUGCCGUCUUUUAUGACACACUACACGAGAUAAAACGAUGGAUUAUUGCGCACAACACUCAUUGUCGUUCACAAACCGAACCGACGCUGUACACCGGCCACGUUGGGCUAGAAAUGGCUAUAUAUUGUGUUGUCUGAACCCCAAUGUUACAAAAUGUUUGAAUGGUGUCCAUAAUUAAUGGCAUGAUCAUGUUGAGUGAUAGGCUGUCUGCAGAUAGUGUCCUUGGGUUCUCAGUCCGAUCCACCCCUCGCUCCUCCACAGCUCCAGCCUCUCCUCCAAAUAUGGUCACUUCUGACUCCAAAAAAACCAAGAUGGCGAUGGCUGAAAUGUCGAACUAGAGGCUUUAAAACGGCAGUCAACCACACAAUGGCUGACGUCAUGUUGCUGAUGUCCAUAAUUUUAUACAGUCUAUGAGGAGGACCCAUGUUACUUUUAAGCUUAUAUUUUACGUGGUAAAUGGAGGCUACUUAGCUUCGCUUGCUGGCAUUAGCACUGAUUUACUCUAGAACUUACUGUAGUUCAUGUUAUUUCAUCGCUUGCUGAGUCAUUGUCAAACUUCUGCACCUUCAGUGCUGUGUUUCUUCCUCAUUCGACAAAGAAGGGGGAUUAGCUAUCAUUAGCUGUUUCUCUUCCUCAUGUGGUCAUGGCAAAUGGCCAGACUUUCAAAAUCACAGACCGUAUGGAAAGUAUGUCACCACUUUCUCCCGCUGAAGCCAAAAUAUCUUGGAUACAAGUGCUGCCAUCUUGCACUGGUGAUGCUGUUUUAGGCUGGAGUGUUGGCCUCAAUGAUUGGGGUUGGGGCUGCCGUAUAGAUGUCCCGCCCACACACCUGCCCUACCAGAUCACAAGUCAAUCACAGCUGUCACUCAUGAUGUCACAUAUAACCCAUUGAAACCAAACUUAUCAGAAAUCCAACACUUAAACAUACAUCUGAUAAGAACAACCUAAAAUGACAGAAACUUUGAUAUUUUAGUAACUUUUUCGUAAAACAUAACUAUAAAUUCAUGAUAAACACAUGAGAACAAAUUCCUUCCUAUUUUAAAGAGUUAUUGACACUUCUCACAGCUUUUGCUUUAACAAGUUUUCCUGCAGCAGCUGUGUGGAGAGUUCAGAUCCAAAUAAUGUCAGCUAAACCCAUUUGGUGACUCCCAACUCUUACUGGAAGAAUAACUUGUCUGUUAACGGUAUUGUAUAGUUAUAGGUGGAUUUUCUUGCAUUAAUUUGGUCAUGGCACAGGGCAACUCAUUGGAGCUCCAUACAGAGUGAUGCCGCAGCCCAAACAGCACCAGUCUGUACACGUGUGUGAAUGGUACAUGAAGAGUCACUGGCAACCCAACUGUUGUUUGUGAGGUUUCUUCAUGUUCUCCAUAUACCAUUGACUCCUGUAAAGCAUUCAUAGUUUGAUCAACACACAGACAUUUGUUUGGAUUGACUUUGGAAAUGUUGAUGUUCAUAACUGGCAGAGACACUACAGCUGGGUAACUGGACACAAUAUCUGUAAAAACAAAAUGCACAAAGUUUACUGAACACACUGAGAAAUCUUUCUGACCUCUGCUGAGUCACUUUAUACCAGCAGUUUCACUUGGGAUAUAUGAAGUGGUAAAAUAAUCGGUCACAUUAAUUGUAGAUGAUGAUAAUAAAUUUCUGAUAUCAAAGAAACAAAAUGUGUCAUGUUU